GAGACGUUCACUGUACCCGGCGUUACACCGGCGCUAGUGUCUGGUUAACGGGUUACUGACUCAAGGUUUAAUAACAGUGGCCUGUGUGGGAAAAUACGGAAAUAUGUCUGGGACGAUGUAACAAGACACUUGUGUGAGAGAAAUUGACACUGAGUAGUUUAUUGUACAGAUGGAGAUGAACUGAACCGACCUCCGGGAACCGACUCACCGGUAUUUAGUGUCUGUUGUGUAGCUUUUUGUCUUCGCUUCCAGACACUUUUUCUGCCUUUUUCUAACGUGUUUCAUUUAUUAAACACUGAAAUCUUUUGCGUUCUUUUUCGUAGCGUAUUAUUUAAUAAGCGGAUAUCAAAAAUAUGUGCUGUUUUUUCAACGUUUUUUUCAACAAAUAGCUAUUUUUUAAAUUUUUGUUGAUAAAAUACUUCUUUAUUUUUUCUACAUAUGUUCAAGUCGUUUUUAAAUAUGGAAGGUUGUUUAUGCAGAUCUUAAUUUAAGCAGUUGAUGAUCCAGGUAACAACACCAGGUGUGUUGUUAUGAGCCCUAGAUGCCAGUCACGUGCUGUGGGCGUGUCCAUCACUGUGCGUCUCCUAGGAGACUGAUGGACAAAUCAGGAAUCGGCAUCUGCCUAAAUCAGCCACAGUGCAAGUCAAAGGUCACUGAGGUCCCAAUGCUGAGGACUGCCUUGAGUCUGGAGGGUGUGGAGGAGAGGGAUGAGGAGCAGGAGGAUGAUGGUGAGGAAGAUCUGAGAGAUGGAUUGAUUCCGUUCAUUGUGAAUCGUGGAGGAUUACCAGUGAAUGAAGAUACUUGGGAGCAGAUGUGGAGACAUGUGACCCGGAUUCACCCAGAUGGAGCAGGAGUGGAGAAGAAGAUUCGAGGAGCCACAGACCUGCCCAAGAUUCCUGUACCUACUGUGCCUACAUACCAGCCAACCACCAGUAUUCCACAGCGCCUGGAAGCCAUACAGAAAUACAUCAGGGAUUUGCAGUACAAUCAUACAGGAACCCAGUUUUUUGAGAUCAAGAAAAGCAGACCUCUCACAGCGUUAAUGGACAUUGCGAAGGAAAUGACCAGAGAAUGUUUACCAAUCAAGUGUUUGGAGGCUGUAAUCCUUGGAAUUUACCUCACCAACAGUAUGCCAACUGUGGAGCGCUUCCCCCUCAGCUUUAAAACUCAGUUCUCAGGGAGCCACUUUCGCCACAUUGUGUUGGGGAUCCAUAGCGCCGGCCGGUUCGGAGCUCUUGGGAUCAGCCGGCGUGAGGAUCUUAUGUUCAAGCCGCUGGAGUACCGCACGCUCGCCGACUUGCUGCAGGAGUUUCAGACUGCCUAUCAGGGUUACUGGCACACACUGCGCAAAGUGAAAAUCGGCCAGUACGUGUCACAUGACCCACACAGCGUGGAACAGAUCGACUGGAAGCAUUCGGUGUUGGAUGUUGAAAAACUGUCAAAAGAGGAGCUGAGGAAGGAGCUGGAGAGGCAUACACGUGACAUGAGGCUAAAGAUUGGCAAGCCUGCAAAUAUUUCCCCCACCAAGGACAGAAAGAAAGACAUGGGAUCUCCUCUACGUAACCCGGGCAGCCCCAUGCGUAAGAACAGCCGUGCUGAGAGGAGGCUAUCAGUUGAAAAGAAGUCUUUGGAUCCAAAACCUCCGGCUGAUAUGAAUGGAUACCAGAUCAGGGUGUGAGCGAGGUCUCAAUGUUUCAACCAUACAGUUGACAUCAAACGGUCUGGCAGCCAAACUUUUUCUAGGCGGAUAAACUGAUACAGGAGAAAAACAAGUCUGAAGAAGACAUUUUAAUGGACAAAAAUGUUUUUAAACAAGUGGGACAAUACACCAUGGCUGAACUGUGUCACAGAAUAGUAAUAAUGUAAAAUUGUGCAAACAUGCUGCCAUGUCACUUUUAACAAAUCAGCUAAACGGAUCUACUUCAAGCAACAAGUUUUGUAAAUACUCGACUGAGUUGUAUAUUCACUGUACUCCACGACUUAAUUGUGUAAAUACGGCAUUGUGCAUACCUGUUUAUCUUAUUCGUGUUUUUACCCCAACAACGUUUUUAAUCCACUCGUCUGGUGCCUUGUAAACACCUCACAAUCAAGCCACCCUUCUGUCAGCAUGGCUCGCAGGGUUUGAUUUGCUCGACACUCAUCACGUUUUUCAGAUCGUCUGAAGGCAAGCAGCUGCUGGUUACACCAACAAUCUGAGACCUCUCUAAACCAAAUAUAACAGACUUCUAUGUGAAGAGGCAAAUCCGGCGUAUGGUGUCCGUUGCAGCGCUUGCAUAUUUUUGAAAUAUUCUGAAGUCCACGCUAAAUGGGUCAAUUCAAACUUUUUGAAUCCACUCUGCAAGGACAGUGGUGCAUUUUUCAAAAAGCUGGCGUGUCCUUGUCUCGUGAUCCCCACUAAUUUUUAAAUGACUUCUUACAAUACUGUUUUUUUUUAAUGUCCAAUUUGGCUGCCUUGUAUAAUACACAAGCAAAGCUGUGCCGUGUAAAACAAGUGUUUUAUGUUUUUAAUUGUCACAGUGUGUGUGUGGAAGAGUUAUCAUUUCAAGAAAAACCAAGAACUGAAAAUCUCAGACUGUCAGCACACUCUUUUUCCAUCGCUUACCUAUUUAAUUAUGGACUGGAAUGGUCGGAAAAAAAUUGGACUGAAAGUACCAGUGUGGCCAAACAUUAGCCUUACCUAUCUCCACUAUUUAAACAGCCACUGAGUUUUUAAUGACUUUUUUGUAAUAGAGGUGUUAUUUUAAGCACUGAAUGCAGAUGAUGUAGUCUUACUCUUUUUUUUUGUAUUAAACAUUGACAUUUUAACCAUU